CAAUUUGACCAUGUUUUCAUCUAGGGUAAGCCAUUUCUAACACCCAAUAUGACCAUGUUUUCGUUGUGACAGCAAUGCACUGCAGUCGUAUCUGGCAGCUGGUGUUGGAGACCCCUGUGACAUCAGUCUGGAGCAGUAUGCCUGUGCACAGCUGACAGGAUUCACUGCACAACACCUGGCCCAGCUCCUGGUGUGCAAGCUGUCCAGCAACAUGACUUACUCUAGGGAGACCUGGAAGCUGCUCCUCACCAAAACCUCUGCAGUUCUGGAUGAUGCUCUCAUCAUGGUCGCCCACGUGGUCUCCAACAUGUCUCUGACAGUGAUGGGUCCGUCUGUAACUCCUGUCCUGGAUGUGCUUGGGGAGCUCCGUUUGGACUUGAUCAGUGACAUGCUGUGGAAAGACAUCAGUUUCAUCUCUGCACUGUUUGGUGACGGCCUGCGUCCAUUCUUAUCCUCCGCCUCAGGAAGCCUUCUGCAGUGUGUCAGCGGCAAGAACCUCACAUGUCAAACCUUCCAGCACAUUGUGAGUGAGUUCAGUCAUCAGUUUGAUCACAUGAGAGAGGAGCAGGCAGAGGAGGUCCUCAAAUUCUUCAUCCUGCCCUUCCUGUCCAGAAACUCCUCAGACUCUGGAUGCAUCUCCAACAACAGCAUGGCAUGGCUUCUCAACAACUAUGGGAGAUUCUCUGUCCUCGUCCCACUUAAAAGUCUAUUUGAUCUCAAUAAGGACUUUGAUCCACUGGCAGUAUUGGAUCUUCUCAGUUCUAAGCAGACGGCUGAGUUGAUGGUUCUGCCUCUCCCUCAUCCCCAAGGCAAAGAUGAGGUCAUCAACAGAGUGCUGGAUCACCUGCUGGAGUCACCAGUGGAGCGGAACCUUCCAGAAGUUCUGUAUCACGUCGUCUUCCUCUCCACACAGCUUGAACCACCUUGUGAGUUCUAUCAAGCAAUAAUCCCGAGGCUAAGAGAAUCGUUGACGUCAGUACCAGGAGAUCUGGAGCCAAUCAUCAGUGGAGCUGUGGCAGGACUACUCGUACUUACUCCAACAGAUUGUGAAGUGCUGCUUCCAAUAACUCCUCCAACUCAGUGUCCUACAACACCAGUUAAUGAAAGCAGAAUUUGCGAAGAUAUCAACAGCAAUGCCCUGCAGUCAUAUCUGGCAGCUGGACUGGUCCCCUGUAACAUCAGUCUGGAGCAGUAUGCCUGUGCACAGCUGACAGGAUUCACUGCACAACACCUGGCCCAGCUCCUGGUGUGCAAGCUGUCCAGCAACAUGACUUACUCUAGGGAGACCUGGAAGCUGCUCCUCACCAAAACCUCUGCAGUUCUGGAUGAUGCUCUCAUUAUGGUCGCCCACGUGGUCUCCAACAUGUCUCUGACAGUGAUGGGUCCGUCUGUAACUCCUGUCCUGGAUGUGCUUGGGGAGCUCCGUUUGGACUUGAUCAGUGACAUGCUGUGGAAAGACAUCAGUUUCAUCUCUGCACUGUUUGGUGACGGCCUGCGGCCAUUCUUAUCCUCCGCCUCAGGAAGCCUUCUGCAGUGUGUCAGCGGCAAGAACCUCACAUGUCAAACCUUCCAGCACAUUGUGAGUGAGUUCAGUCAUCAGUUUGAUCACAUGAGAGAGGAGCAGGCAGAGGAGGUCCUCAGAUUCUUCAUCCUGCCCUUCCUGUCCAGAAACUCCUCAGACUCUGGAUGCAUCUCCAACAACAGCAUGGCAUGGCUUCUUGGCAACUAUGGGAGAUUCUCUGUCUUCGUCCCACUCAAAAGUCUAUUUGAUCUCAAUAAGGACUUUGAUCCACUGGCAGUAUUGGAUCUUCUCAGUCCUAAGCAGACGGCUGAGUUGAUGGUUCUGCCUCUCCCUCAUCCCCAAGGCAAAGAUGAGGUCAUCAACAGAGUGCUGGAUCACCUGCUGGAGUCACCAGUGGAGCGGAACCUUCCAGAAGUUCUGUAUCACGUCGUUGUCCUCUCCAGACAGCUUGAACCACCUUGUGAGUUCUAUCAAGCAAUAAUCCCGAGGCUAAGAGAAUCGUUGACGUCAGUACCAGGAGAUCUGGAGCCAAUCAUCAGUGGAGCUGUGGCAGGACUACUCGUACUUACUCCAACAGAUUGUGAAGUGCUGCUUCCAAUAACUCCUCCAACUCAGUGUCCUACAACACCAGUUAAUGAAAGCAGAAUUUGCGAAGAUAUCAACAGCAAUGCCCUGCAGUCGUAUCUGGCUGCUGGACUGGUCCCCUGUAACAUCAGUCUGAAUCAGUAUGCCUGUGCACAGCUGACAGGAUUCACUGCACAACACCUGGCCCAGCUCCUGGUGUGCAAUCUGUCCAGCAACAUGACUUACUCUAGGGAGACCUGGAAGCUGCUCCUCACCAAAACCUCUGCAGUUCUGGAUGAUGCUCUCAUCAUGGUCGCCCACGUGGUCUCCAACAUGUCUCUGACAGUGAUGGGUCCGUCUGUAACUCCUGUCCUGGAUGUGCUUGGGGAGCUCCGUUUGGACUUGAUCAGUGACAUGCUGUGGAAAGACAUCAGUUUCAUCUCUGCACUGUUUGGUGACGGCCUGCGUCCAUUCUUAUCCUCCGCCUCAGGAAGCCUUCUGCAGUGUGUCAGCGGCAAGAACCUCACAUGUCAAACCUUCCAGCACAUUGUGAGUGAGUUCAGUCAUCAGUUUGAUCACAUGAGAGAGGAGCAGGCAGAGAAGGUCCUCAGAUUCUUCAUCCUGCCCUUCCUGUCCAGAAACUCCUCAGACUCUGGAUGCAUCUCCAACAACAGCAUGGCAUGGCUUCUCAACAACUAUGGGAGAUUCUCUGUCCUCGUCCCACUUAAAAGUCUAUUUGAUCUCAAUAAGGACUUUGAUCCACUGGCAGUAUUGGAUCUUCUCAGUCCUAAGCAGACGGCUGAGUUGAUGGUUCUGCCUCUCCCUCAUCCCCAAGGCAAAGAUGAGGUCAUCAACAGAGUGCUGGAUCACCUGCUGGAGUCACCAAUGGAGCGGAACCUUCCAGAAGUUCUGUAUCACGUCGUUGUCCUCUCCAGACAGCUUGAACCACCUUGUGAGUUCUAUCAAGCAAUAAUCCCGAGGCUGAGGGAAUCGUUGACGUCAGUAUCAGGAGAUCUGGAGAUAAUCAUCCGAGGAGGCGUGGAACGACUACUCCAACUUACUCCAAUAGAUUGUUUAGUGCCGCUUCCAGUAACUCUUCCAACUCAGUGUCUUACAACACCAGUUAAUGAAAGCAGAAUUUGCGAAGAUAUCAACAGCAAUGCCCUGCAGUCGUAUCUGGCUGCUGGACUGGUCCCCUGUAACAUCAGUCUGGAGCAGUAUGCCUGUGCACAGCUGACAGGAUUCACUGCACAACACCUGGCCCAGCUCCUGGUGUGCAAGCUGUCCAGCAACAUGACUUACUCUAGGGAGACCUGGAAGCUGCUCCUCACCAAAACCUCUGCAGUUCUGGAUGAUGCUCUCAUCAUGGUCGCCCACGUGGUCUCAAACAAGGUAUGA